AUGCAAUCGAAUCUAAACAUUGAAGAGGAAGUUCCACAGCACGCCAUACCAAAAAUAUAUCUGGUUGCAGCAGUGGAGCGGUUAUACGACUAUUGCGAAGAUGCGAGAGUUGAACUCGAGAUUUUAGUAGCAGACGAAGCGAGGAUUGCACAAGGUUAUGAAACCCUUCUCAAAAUAUCUGCCGCCGAAUACCUCGGGAAUGAAAACUGGCGACAAAAAAUUGAUUCCUUUAUCGAAGGUACCGACCCUUCGAUAGAAAAGGCCAAGAGUAAUUUCGAGUCCAAAUUGGAUAACCUUAUGCACGACAUCGCUAUCAUCAAGAAAACUCUACAUGACAAUAUGGAUCCAGAAGCAACUACAGGCUCUCUUUCAAGGAGCACGAGUCUCGAUAAUACUCAUGCCGAUAACAAUGCCGCUGUCCGUUCUUCGUCCCCUAUCAAGAUUGUAAAACCAAAUGCUCGCAAGUUAUCCAAUGGGCGCUCUAUGGCAUCAAGCCCAGAGGAUACCUUCAACUGGCGAGCAUUCACUUCAACUAUACGAUCACCACCUUCUCGUUCCUCUAGCCCU